AUGUUCCGUGACAGAAGCCAGUUUGGUCACGAGGACCGGGAUGAGAAUGUCUUGACUGUGCCGAGGAGUCAGACAGAGUCCCGAGUCGUCCACACAGACGGACGACGCAGACCGAUCGGGCCGAAGCGUCUUUGUCUCCUCCGACACGAAGCUGCUGCACUUCAGUUCCUACAACGAUCCAGGUCAGCGACCACAAACAUGCUCCACGUAUUAUACCUGGCUGCGCUCAGUGUGCUCGCAGGUACUGCAGCAACAACAAACCAGACUUUUACCAGUUCAGGUGAGAUGAACAUCACGUCGUGCCCCAUCACAUACUAUGGACAGAAAUACGACAAAGUAUAUGUGGGCUUCAAUUCCAGCAGAUUUGCCGUUUGCUUCAAUGGCGAGUACAAACCUGGAAUCAAAAACGACUGUAUUCUGAUGUCUGGAGGAACAGCUGACCGAGGUGGCCUGGCGAUAUAUUCAAGAGAAAUACCCACUGGAUCUGGGGUCCAUAAACUUCUUCCCAACCUUAAGCUCGCUGGGAAAUGUGUCAACGUGAUUCCAUUAAAAGACAGUCAACAGUCGGAGAUUGAACAAAUUGAACUUGGCAAUUUUGGGUCACAAGCAAUUCUGGCAAUCAAGACGUAUUCUGGAUACACUCAUGUUGAUGUGGAAGCAGACGCGCAGGUCAAUGGCCUCACAGUUUCUAAACAGAUAUUCAAGACAAAUGAAACAAGAACAGGUGUCAUCACAGACAUGAGCGGAUGUGUUGUUUACAAGACAAAUACAACAGUACGAGACCCAAACAUCUGCUCCACUGUGUCCUGUGAUGAGAGUGGAGUUGCUGCUGCCGUCAGCGAUUGUGGUCCCAUGGAGCGCUGCAAUGGAAAUGGCAGCUGCUUCUCAAACAACGUGUGCACCGUGAUUGGCUCCUCGGUCAUCAGUUUUGCCGGGCAAGUCCAGUCUGUCCAGGACCGCUGUGGGUACACUCUGUUCAAGUCCUCAUCCAUCCCCGGCUUCCAGGUGGUCGGGGUUUUCCGGGAAAGACGCCGCAAAGAUGUCAGUUUUUUGAAACGCGUGAUUCUGCAGCUGGACAAGGCGAGAGUUCAAAUCUCGCUGGAACAAGGAGGCCGAGUUCUGCUCGACAACAGAGAGCUCACGCUCAACACCACGGCGAUGGUGGUCCAUGGUGUGGAGCUCUCCAAGGACCGAACUGGAGUGACUGCUAAGAUGUCAGCCUUCAACUACACAGUCUCUGUUCACUUCGAUGGCUCCAUCACUCAGAUCCACUUGACAGGACCAAAAGCAACAGACUCACAAGGUUUAUGUGGAAAUUCCAGUCGGACUGUGAGUCAAGAGAAAGUCUCCAAGCACAGUGUCCCCGGCUGUGACACGAAGUAUAAUGAGAUCGUGGACCCAACAAUCAACUGCAACACCACGACUGAAUGGUGCAAUCUCUUGAAGCAGGCUCCCUUUACUGCUUGCAACAUGCACAUGGACCGAGAACCCUUCAUUACCGCCUGCACACAAACGCUGUGUAAUUACCCUGCAGUGGAUGCUCUCAAAUGUCAGUUCAUGGAGGCGUACGUCAGAGGCUGCAGCUUCUCUAACAUCACAGUGGAGGGAUGGAAGUCACGGACCAGCUGCUCUGCUUUCCAUCAGGACGUCUGUCGGGACAUGCUCUGCAGUGAUCACGAGUUCUGUGGGGAGAAGAACAACGGGGAAACCGGCUGCGUCUGCCGGGCCAUUUUUGCCUCCAAAUACAAAUCAACAAGCUCCUUUGGUGAGCCAACGGCCUGCGAGCAGAAAGCUGCGAAGUUGACUAUGGCUAAAUGUCUCUUGGAGGACAAAGGCAUCGACUUCUCUGUCUUACAUCUCAAUGACGUGGCCUGCAAAGGUGAAAUGGACAAUGAGACGCACAUGGUGACUUUCAGUUUUGACACGGACAAAACCUGUGGCACAGUGAUCAUGGUGAACAACAACCAAAUUAUCUACAAGAACACCAUCAUGACACGGAACAGCUCCAUGUACGGCAUCAUCAACCGUCACGACUCAGUUCACAUCAACUUCUCCUGUCUUUACGAACAGCCGGACAUCAAGAGCUUUUCCUUCAAAAUCAAAGACAGCUCCGUCAGCCAGCAGAUUGCUUAUGGACGAUGGGUUUACAAUCUCACCAUGAAGGCCUACACCGACUCUUACACCAAGGAAGCCUUACAACCGAGCAGUAAAUUGCAACUGGAUGAGAAGAUUUCGGUGGAGCUGAAGGCGGAUGGGCUGGACGAUGAAAUGGUUGUUGUGGUGACGGAGUCCUGCUGGGCGACCGAUCAGCCCAGCCCAAACGGAAGCCUGAGAUAUGACCUCAUCAUCAAAGGCUGCCCUAACCCCGUUGACUCGACGGUGAAGGUGGUGAACAACGGACAGGGAACAUCCAACACUUUCUCCUUUAACGCAUUCCAGUUCCAAGGCAAGGACGGUGAAGUCUAUCUGCACUGCAAAGUACAGCUGUGUGUCAAGAAGGGAAACACCUGCAUCCCGAGGUGCGGCGUGGGUGAGAGAAGACGCAGAUCCGUCUUGUCAAAGUAUGAGGAUGAAAACCCUGCCCUCAUCAAACUGGCCUGGUCUUACUGAGUUUCCAUGGCGACUCAGAGUCACGCUCUGUUUCCUGUCAUCUAUCUUUGCUACAGAUCUCUGCUGACACGUACACGUGUAAAAACCAGACAUCUUGCUGAUUCUUUUUAAGCUUUGAAUAUGUUUGGUGUUGAUCUGGGUUUUUUUUUCUGUGUCGGGGUGAAAAUGAUUUCUGCAGGAGAGGUAUGGAAUAUAUUCUCAGGUGAAUGUGUGAACAGGCUUUCCUCAGUGUUCUAAGGAACUAUUAAGACAUGAAGCUUUGACUAUAAGGCUCUAUAUAAUUGCAACUGGUCACAGCG